GACUUCCUGGCCGAGCUGGCGGCCUAUGAGCUCGCCACGGGAGCCUCGGACGAGUACGUCCUUGCGCGGGUUCUGCCCGUGGCGUUCCAGGCGAGCGCCGCGCGCUGGUGGCGCAUCGUGGCCCCUUUCCUCACCUGGGAAGACUUUCGGCGGAAGUUUCAAGAAGAAUUUCUUCCACCUGGGUACCAGUCUCGAGUCCAGCGAGAACUGGAGCGCCGGACCCAGCACCCGGACGAGACCCUCGUCGAAUAUGUACGGGUGAUGCAGGAACUCUAUGACAGAGCCUACCCAACGACGUCGGAGUCGGACAGGGUUGCUCGGGUGAUGCAGCAGAGCCACCCAAGAUUCCGGCCCUACCUGCAUGGCCGCACGUAUUCCACCCUGGAGCAACUGGCCCGGGACGCUCACGGCAUACAAGAGACGCUCCUGGCCGAGCUGCAGUAUCGGCCCCCGCCACCACCUGAAGAAGCUCUUGAGCCGUCCUGUGCCUGGCGAGCUCCCGGGCCCAGAAGAGGUCCGACUCAGCGCCAAACCCUGGAUGGCGCGGUCUGUCCCCCCCGUGCGCUGGACUCCUACGCCUUCGGGCAAUGGGAGCGCGGGAAACCACUCGAUGGUUCGGACCCCCGGCUAUGUGCCCGGCCGGCUGGAUCGAGACUACGGCAGGGUGAAAGCCGUUUAAGGUCCUUCCCCCGCAAUGCCAACCGGGGCGCCGAUCGCUGGUCCAACGAGGGACACCAAGAAGGGCCGCAACGACAAGCGCAGGCAAGCCAGACGCACGGCCCUGACCGGCGCAACUCGGUGCGGUGCUUCGGCUGCGGUCGCCAUGGCCACUUCCGGCGUGACUGCCCCGACCUACUGCGCAACAGCAAUGCAGCCUCGGGAAACGAGUACGGCCGGUGGCGUUGA